CGCCAGCGAAAUGGACACCAGCAGAUUGCCGGAUCGGAAGAUCGCGGGCCUAGAAAUACGACAGUGCGAGUGUGUAUGUGAUGCACGGCCUUCCGUCUGUGCGAAGUGCGUGCGAACUUUUCCGAAGAUGUGCGUGGUGUCUGUGUGAACUGAAAAAACUCCGAGUACAAGUAACGGUUCUUCACGAGCGAUGCGUGCUGGAUCGGCGUUGCUGGCGCGCUCAGUUGCUCUCCACAGCGGUGCCGCGUAGGAGCGACGUCCCGGUGUGUGCUCAGGGUCGAGGAUCAUGGCAGCCAGGCGUCGUCUCAUCGACAUCGGAGCCAAUCUGACCGAUCCCAUGUUCCGUGGCCUGUACAAUGGGUCACGUAAACACCCUGAUGACCUGGAUCAAGUGCUGCAGAGGGCGCAGGCUAAUGGAGUGCACAGGAUACUGGUGACCGGGGGCAGCCUGGAGGACAGCCGUCAAGCUCUAGAGCUGGCCAGCGCCCAUGGUGGCCUACUGUGGAGCACAGUGGGCUGCCACCCAACCAGGUGUGGAGAAUUCGAGGGCCCGCAUGGUCCACCAGACCGCUACCUGGAGCAGCUGUCAGGGCUUGUACGACAGGGUGCUGGCAGGGUGGCUGCUCUGGGCGAGAUGGGGCUCGACUAUGAGCGUCUACAGUUCUGUGACCGGGAGACGCAGCUUCGCUACCUCGAGCUGCAGCUUCAGUUGGUGCGUCCCUGUGGGAACCUGCCGCUGUUCCUCCACUGCCGCAGGGCCGCACCCGACCUGCUCGAUGUGCUCCGUCGCAACCGGGGACUCUUCAACGGUGCUGUGGUUCACUCCUUUGAUGGUAGCAAGGACGAAGCGGCUGCUUUCCUGGACUUGGGCCUCUUCAUUGGCAUCAAUGGCUGCUCACUCAAGACGGCCGAAAAUUUGGCUGUCGCAGCGACCAUUCCUAGAGAUCGACUUCUCAUCGAGACAGACUGUCCAUGGUGCGAGAUCCGUCCCACACAUGCUGGAGCCAAGCUGAUCCGAACAUCAUUUCCAGCUAAAAAGAAGGAGCGAUUUGAGCCAGGAUUCAUGGUCAAAGGCCGCAAUGAGCCUGCUAAUCUUGUGCAGGUGCUGGAAGUUGUGGCAGGCAUUCGUGGAGAAGAACCAGAUGCCUUGGCUCUGCAAGUACAUGCGAACACAUGUCGCCUCUUCUUUCCUGGUGAGGAGGAACUUGUGGCCACAGACCUGGUGCAGUUCAUUCAGUAAAACUAUGAGCUUCUCAUUUGCUCUUGACAAUGAAUCACAUGUUGACAGUGUUUAAUCCAAAUAAAUGCAUUGCAGAAACACUUCA